GGUGUUCCAGUUCUUGGUAGAGAGAGAGAUAGGUGGAGAAUGAGUGGGAGUGAGAGAUAGCUAGGCCUAUUUUUGUAAUUUUGAUAAACUGUUUCUCUCUCCGGUGAAGAGUUUCCGGUUCUUUCGGUGAACUCUGACUGAACUUAAGCGUCUCCGUUUUCUUGCCUGUGAAAUUUUGUUUGAGUUUCCCGGUGACUUUCCGGUUACGGGAGGGAGAAUUUUGCCGUUUGAUCUUCCCUGAUCACGGAUAACUUCAAUUUUGCUCCUCAAGGUCCUGACCUUUUUUUUUAAAUCCAUUUUUUAAAGAUAAAAUUUGAUUUUGUUGAUGAUUUUGAAACUUUUUUGUAGAAGACCAAGGUUGACUUUAUUCUAUGCCGAUCAAAAUCCCAAAUUUUUUAGCUUUAAUGAAUUUUUUUAAACUAAUUUUUCUAUCAUAUUUGUGUGUGUAGGCUGGAAUUGGUUCAUUUUAAUAGAUUUCCCAUAAUUGUGAGUAACUUAUGCAAAUAAAUGAUGUUUGUGUUGUUGGGUAAUGACGCGUUGAUUUGAUUUAGAAGAAAACUUUUUGUUAUAAUUGAUUGUGCCACUUUUGACUUGGGUUUAGUUAAUUGAGUUGAAAGUUUGAGAUUGUGAGUUGAGUUAAAUAUAUCUUUCUUAAAUUGGUGUUAUAGUAAUUUGAGUUUCCUGAUAUAGUGGUUACUGCAACAGGCAUUAACCACUUGCGAGGAGCUUCAAUUCCAAUUUUUUUUUUGCAACCCAAAUUUGGUGUUAACAGAUCUUCAAAUAUUAGUCCAAUUUUGGUGGGAUCAUAUUUGGUGUUUUGGAUGAAAUGGCAGUUUCUUUGACUAGAUUUUCAUACUGGUUAUGAGUGGUAGUAAAGAAAAAGAGCCUGUGUCAAAUGGGUCUUCAUUAAGUUCACAAUCUAAGGAGUGGACUACUUUUGGUGAUGCCGUGAAAUUCCCAUCAUCUAGGAUAGCUUCCACACAGAGAAGGGUUAAGAAAAAAUGGCAAAGUAGGGAAGAGAGGAAGAGGGUGGACGAGGAGUAUGAUAUCGUGUUGGUGCCAUCUGAUGGUGGUGUUUGCAUAUCAGGAUCUGAAUCUGAUGAUUCUGAUUGGUCCAUUGGGUGGUUAGAGCAUCAUGGGGCUGAUUUUCUGUCUGAUCACUCUGAUAAUGAGUCUGACGAUAGUUUUGCAGUGUUGGUUCGUUGUUAUAGGCCUGGUUCCAAGCAGAUUGUUGAGGUUUCAAAUAACCAGCUCUUCACUGCCGCCAAGAAUCCACCAAAUAAGCUCUCUCCUGAAGGGAACAACUUUAUGGAACAGUGGCUUCAGUCUCUUCAGAAUUUCUGAAGCCUGGUAUACCCUACGUACAUGCCAUUACUGAAAUAGUUCUUCAUGCUGUGAUGCAUUUUGAAGAACCAAAUAUAUUAAAUGUAUAAAAUAAGAGAACAAAACUAGAGAAACUGUAUUGGGAGCAGGAAAAAUAAUUGGUAGAAUCUGCAUCAGCUUCUUCAGCAGACACUGGAAGGAUUAAGACAUGCUAAAUCUGGAGAUGAGUUGAUAGACAGAGACAGACCAAUUUGGGAAAAGCCUUAAGUAUGGUGAAAAUUUUUGUGUAAAUAUGAUAUGUGAAAUAUGUCUGUGGUAUUAGCUAGCCCCCUGAUGUGUAAAUAAAUUCUUAUGCCUGCCAUGGCUCAUGGAUGGCAAACUUGUUAACCUCUUUAAUAUAAAAUUUCUACUCUGGGUACUGUGUUUAUAAAA